GAUCUUAUCUGAACCAUUCAAAUGUCCGAAGUUGCUUUAUGUCGUCAACACACGCUCGCUCCCUCUCUCUCUGUCCAGAGACCAAUGGCGACCAAGAUAUCAUCACCUCCGCACCAACGCUCUCUCUCCACCCUCUCCUUCCCUCCCACACUCCCAACCAGAGACCUCCGCCACCACGACCGAUGGCUCGGGACGGUCCGGACCUCCGCCGUCGCCCCCCGACCGAGGAGGUUGGUCGUGGUCCGGAGCUCCCUCCAAGAACUCUCGUCUCUGGUGCUUCCUCAUCACGCCCCGCAUUCUUCGCUGUUCCUACUCGCGGACACCGCGGGUUACUCGCUGGCCAGUUACUACACUUCCCUGGGUCUCUUCGUGAUCUCUGUUCCUGGACUCUGGUCUCUCAUCAAGCGCUCUGUGAAGUCCAAGGUUGUGCAGAGGACAUUCAUAGGUGAAGGAGAAGAGAGGAAGGCUCCGAAUCGCGUUGCUGGGGAGAUUCUGUCUUUUUUCACACGCAACAACUUCGUGGUCACUGAUAGAGGAGAGACCAUCACGUUUGAAGGUAUUAUGACUCCGAGCCGAGGGCAAGCGGCAUUGCUGACAUUUUGCACCUGCAUUAGCCUUGCCAGCGUUGGCCUUGUUCUUACAAUAACUGUUCCGGACAUCGGUAACAACUGGUUUUGGAUCACUGCAUUGAGCCCCUUGGCCGGAGCAUACUACUGGAAGCGAGCAUCGAGGAAGGAGCAAAUUAAGGUAAAGAUGAUAAUGGCGGAAGACGGGACACUAUCGGAGAUCGUUGUUCAGGGGGAUGAUCAGCAAGUUGAGCAGAUGAGGAAGGAGCUUCAGUUCAGUGAGAAGGGAAUGGUUUAUGUAAAAGGCAUAUUCGAGAGAUGACCAACACCCCCGCGCUUCGAAUAUGACCUUACAAGUUUUGCGAAAGAGGGGUACCGUGGCAUGAGUUUAGGACUUUUUGACCUAAUGUUAGUUGCCGAUAUUCCAUCAGAUUGGCAAAUUUUAUACAUAAUUAUUCAUCAGA